CCUGGUCCACUCGGACAUUGCAUUGUCAAAUACCACCCGCCCCAGCACUUGCAGCUCUGGUGCGUGUGCGUUAUGUGCGGGCGUGUGUGUGUGUGUGUACGAGUGUAUGUGUGUGUCUCCAACUCACUUCCUGUCACCAACACGAGAUUGUGUGAUAGUCAGACUCGGAGUGAGGAGCAAGGCGACUAGUUGGAUCCGUAUUCGGACGCUGGAGGCAGGGAAGAAGGGGGUUGAAAAAGGGACGAGUUGUGGCCAGACUGGUCGAGACCGCGAACUGUUGUGGAGCCGAGAUAAUCCCCGCUUAGGUAAGGAGGCUUAUGUACUAUGUAUGUACUAUGUACCUAGGUACGAACUGCCCACUUGGCCUGGCCUGUCUCCACCCCAAACCAAUCCCGUCGACUGUGCUUCACGUUCCGGCAGGGGCCAGGGGCUGGCUGAGAUGAGCAGCGAACCAGGUACGGAUUUACUAUUCUCCGCUCGGUCACCAGCACACCCGGACACACCGGACUUCCGGCCCACAUCCCACAUAACCCGUCCACUCAUCUCCCCGUCCCCAAAUGUCAUUUCCCCCUUCGAUUGUACUUGCCUACCGUAUAGGCAAAAUAGGCAGCGAUGUUCGUGCACCCUGCACGCCCUACCUCCACCUCCCUACUAUGUAAGUACUUGCAGCACGGCUGGUCCUCGCGUGUGCUUACCUAAGACGCUCCUUCACGCAAAUCCUCAGCACGAAAGACAGCCGUCGAGCGCGCACGCACGCAAUCAAUGGAUCGAAACGCUCCCUCCCGCUGUUUCUGAUUGUGCUGAUCAAAUUAUCAUCGUGGCCCAUCGCCAACUGACCUUGACAGUGACUGAAAUAUGCUUAAACCCCGCAUCGCCGUUGGCCAACAGCACCAACGCCGACACCGCCGCUGCAUCCUGUCUGUUUCGAAUUGUAUCGUGUCGUCCCGUCAUGUCGUGUCAUACCGUAUCGUAUCGUCUCGUCUUGCCUCGUCUCGUCUCAACACCCAAAGUGCUCGGAGGUCUUUGAUUCGGUCUCUUGUGGCAGCGUGCCGUGUGUUGCUCCGCGGCUUCUGCGUCCCAGCGCGUCCCAGCGCGUCCCAACUCUUCGCGUGUAAUACGGUACGUGUGUAGCCGCCCUCAUGGCCUCAUCCUUCGUAAGCGCCCGCGUCCACGACAAUCGACCGCCACCAUAACAUGCUGUCAGUUCUACCAGGCUCCCCUCUGCUCAGCGGCC